AUGGAGACAAUGCAAUCGACUGAGAGGGCGUUUCCCAAACGCGGGAGACCGGGCGUACGGCAAAAACCGAGUCGCAAACAAAUCAAGCUGUUCUUAUGUUUUCGUCAGCACCAUGGACGGGGAAAACGUCCGGCAAUUGACAAUAGAAAUCUUCUGUUCGGUGCCCCGUCUGCUGUGCAAUACCCGUCUAUUAACUGGAAAAGCAGACCAGGUCGUGAGCUCAAAACGAACCACAAGAAAAAUCUACACGCUCAACAGUGUGUAUGCCCUGAGGAAAGAAAGCAAAGAGCAGCCGAAAGGGACUGUUACGCCUACACAAGAGAGGAUGUUCCAGGACUCGCGGGAGUCCGUCGCGUUCGCUCGGAAGCAGCGGGCGAGAAACAGAGUCCAACAAGUCUCGAGUAUCUGCAGCAGAUUCCUGACCCUCUCUCCAAGAUGUGGAAUCACGUAGCGAGGUGGAGGAAAACGGAAUGA